UGAUAUAUAAAGAAAACGCGCAAUUGUGAAAUUGCGAGUCAGCUGUUUGUCAAGCGCGAUCCCAAUCGUGAGACCAAGUAUAUGUAUAAAUGAUCGUUUCAAUAUAUAUUUCUGAUAUAUAUAUUUCUCCGUACUUUCCUAAAUCAUCCGGUGUAUUCGGGUGCAUUUUUUGAAUUGUCAUCGUAGUUAUUUGCUAUGCAUAUGCAACUGCAGUGGAAUCAGAAGAAUUUUUCAAGCUACUGAUAAGAUUUUGACAAAGCAACAUGUCUAUUGCAAAUCAACAUAUAAGCAAUUGUCUCGAUACUAAUGUAUCACUUGGAAUAGACGAAGCAUGCUUUAAUAUCAUUAAUGAAUAUAAUAAAUCUAUUACAUUCUAUUCCCACUCAUCAGAAUGCUAUUUGUGCGAUGGUGUCCCACAAGCUUUACCAGGAAAUAAAAAUACUCCAUUAAUUAUAUCUACAAAAUAUCCUCUACAUAUAUUUUAUAGGAAUGUGCUUGAUAUUUGUCACAUCACGUACAAUUUUAAAGAACAUGGAAGUUAUGGAUGGAAUAUAUCUGAAGAAUAUCUAUGCUCAAAGAUUUAUACGAUUCGUGAGCCAGUAAAUAGUUACUUUCCAAUACUCGCAGCUUUCAUAAUAUAUGUUCUGUUAAUGGUUUUAUGCACAACUUUCAAAUUUGUUAUACGUGUGAUAAAAGGAAAAUUAUCCCCAAAUAAUGUACAUGAUGAUUUGGAUAGACUUCAAGAAGCAGAGACAUCAAAUCCAAUUAUUGGGACAAACAGAUCUAGUACUAGAAUUCGUUCAGUUGACACAUUCCGAGGAAUUGCUAUAUUAUUAAUGAUAUUUGUCAAUAAUCGUGGUGGCGAGUAUGUGUUUUUCAAUCAUAGUGCAUGGAACGGUUUGACAGUGGCAGAUUUAGUACUACCUUGGUUUGCAUGGAUUAUGGGAUUAUCGAUUACUAUAUCGAAACGGUCCGAGCUUCGUGUAUCGAAUUCACGAACAAAAAUUAUUUUGCGUUGCUUGCAGCGCGCGUUUAUCCUCAUACUCCUCGGACUGAUGUUAAACUCCAUUCGUUCAAAUUCGCUGCAGAAUCUUCGUUUUCCGGGUGUUCUUCAAUUGUUGGCUGUAUCAUAUUUCGUAUGCGCCACAAUCGAGACUAUAUUUAUGAGGAUGCAUUCUCAGGACGAUUUGUUACAGUUUGGUCGAUUCACAUUUUUACGAGAUAUUCUAAACAAUUGGGCGCAAUGGUUAAUCAUUUUGGCAAUCGUAGUGACGCAUACUCUAAUUACGUUUCUUCUGCCUGUUCCAAACUGUCCAACAGGAUAUUUGGGGCCUGGUGGUUAUUCUCAUUUUGGAAACUUCCCAAACUGUACUGGAGGCGCAGCUGGUUAUAUAGAUAGACUUGUCUUUGGAAGUCAUAUGUAUAACAAAACAAAAAAUCCCGUGUAUGGUACCAUCUUACCUCACGAUCCCGAAGGUAUAAUGAAUACUGUGUCUAUAAUACUUGUUGUAUACUUGGGUGUCCAUGCUGGAAAGAUCUUAUUACUCUACUAUCAAUGCAAUGCUAGAGUAGUACGCUGGCUAUUAUGGUCAGGUGUUACGGGUAUUAUUGCUGGAUUAUUAUGUAAUUUUGACAAAGAAGGAGGAGUGAUACCAGUCAGUAAAAAAAUGAUGUCACUUUCAUUUGUUUUGACUGUAUCUUGUUUCGCAUUUUUACUAUUUACAAUCUUACAUUUCUUUGUCGAUUAUAAACAAUACUGGAGCGGGGCACCAUUUAUUUAUGCAGGUUUGAAUCCGGUUACUCUUUAUAUUGGUCAUACCAUUACCAUGGGAUUAUUUCCAUGGGCUUGGAAAUUGCUGCAUCCUACACAUUGGUCAGUUCUUGCUAUGAAUUUAUGGACUACAACAUUGUGGAGUAUUAUUGCAUACUGGCUUUAUUGGAAGGAUAUUAUCAUAUCUAUUUAAGUUUAUAAAAAAUGUUAUUAAAUAUUUACAAAGCAACAUCCAUGAAGAAAUAAGUAAGUUUGAGGAUUGUUACACUCAAUAUAGAUAUAUAUGCUUAUAGAAUUAUAUGAAUAAUGAAGUUAUGU